AUGGAGGACGUCAAAACUAUACUGGAGACGCUGAGGUUGGACCCGCAGAGAGGACUGCGGGAGCUUGAGUGUCGUCUGGAGCGUCGACCGGGAUCAGAUGGCGGCAUGAGUCCCAGCCCAGAACCGGCAGUCAACCCCGACAACUGGCAGGUGGUGGUUGACGAGCUUCUGGAAAUGCUCGCCGUGCCAGAGAUGCAGUGGACCUGGUUCCGUCCAAAAGAACCGCGUGAACAGAAAAUUUCACGCCAGCACAAACAGGCGCAACUACACGCUUUGCGGCAGGUCCUCCAAUUCACCUCCGUAUACGACCGCUACAAGCUGCUGGACAGAGUUUCGCUCUACUAUGACGAGCGCCAUCCGUGGUCGUCCAAGGAGUCGGCUCAGGCUGUGCACGAUAUUCUAUGCCAGGUUGAACCCUCCAAAGACGAGAUAUUCGUGCUUAUGGAUGGAUAUGUGCCCAUGUUACGCAAAUUUGGAAAGGUCAGCCAGCACCGUACAAAAGUGUCUGCUGGUGGGUACAGAAAGUCUCAAAAUGCUGCCGACGGGUCCAUAGACACGCCACUUGUGGGCCGCGAACCUGUUGGCGAGGAUGAGCGGAUUAGAACGAAGUAUAUGUCGAGAAUCGGCAGUCUGGCCUUUUUAGUGGAUUUUCUCCAAGGAAGUGACAUAGAGGCCCGCUGGAACGUGAUUUUUCUGCUCUUGCUGCACUACCUUGACGACCAUGAUGUGCUGGUGAAGAGCUCGGCGUGCGAGGUGCUCCAGACGGUGGUGGCAAAGGUGAACUCGCCGCCGAGUAUGAAAAACAUUAUUGCGCGAAGCAGCGUAGCAGGCCUGCUAUUGGACACGAUUGCGCCGUGUCUGCUGGCGUUGCCGUCGCUGACGCCGCCAGAAGAGUCGCGGAUGGUGCUGCCGACGGCGUACGCGACGGCGAUUGCCGUGCUGACGGCCUCGACGGGCGCCCAAGACGAGCUCGAGAGGCAAAUUGCGUGGCUGCUCGUGGACUACGCGCUGCCUGGCGUGGCGCGCGCGGGCGAGUAUCCGCAAGUGUGCGGCGCGUUGCUGAGCGUAGUGGCGACGGAGCUGCUGCCGAGAAUGGGGGCAUUCGCCGCCGUGGUGGCCAAACAGACGUGCUACGGCGUGCUCGAGCUGCUGCGAAACCCGUACACCGCGUUUUCGCCAGCGACGAUCGACGCGGCGGUCGCGGUGCUGGAGCAGCUGGCGGCGCAGGGACGGGGGCUGGCCAGCGUGCGCUACGACGUGCUGGCGUGUCUUCUGAAGGUGGCACAGCGGCUGCACAAGUACGAGGUCCGCGACGCGGACGAGGUGCGAGCAAAAAUCGCCCGGUUUGUUUUGCAGCUCGACCUGACACAACAAGAAAGAGAUCGCGUACAAAAAUUUCUUCUCCACCUGACACAGUGA